AUGGCAUCAACGCUCACUCCGCAGUCACUGUCUCUCGAGGAUCAAGAGCAGUUCGUUCGCUACAGCUUCGGACCCCGCCAGUCCUCUCCCUUCAGCUGCGUUCACCAUGCGUUCGAACACCACGCGGCCACCCAGCCGGAUGCCGUCGCCGUCGAACACCUCGGGGAGUCCAUCACUUACGGCGAGCUGGACAGGCAAGCAAACGUUCUUGCCCACCACCUCCGUGCGUCUGGCGUCCGCCCCGGUGUCCGCGUCUGCCUCCUCGUUGCCCGGGGCGUCCUCAUGGUCGUCGGCAUCAUGGCCGUGCUCAAGGCGGGCGGCGCCUACGUGCCCUUGGACGGCGCCAUCGUCACCCAGUCGACACUGGAGCACGUCCUCCGUGACUCCGACGCGAAGGUCGUGCUCACCCUGCGCGAGUACGUGCACCGUGUGUCCGGCACACCGGUCAUGUGUCUCGAGGACGUUCCACAGCUGGCCCAGAACGUGUCGAAACCCGAGGACGUCAGCGCGCCAACAGAUAGCAUUUACAUCAUAUACACUUCUGGCACGACAGGGAAGCCGAAAGGAGUGGAGGUCAUGCACGGGAACGUCACGAACCUCGUAUGCAUCGCUCCAGGGAGGAUCGAGAUGCAGCCUGGCCGCCGGGUGUCCCAGCUCCUGAACGUCGCGUUCGACAUGGCCGCCUGGGAAAUCCUUGGCAGCCUGAGCAACGGCUGCACGCUGUGCGUGAGGGGCAAGUCGUCGAAGGAGUGGCGUGCGGUCAUGAAGACGGUCGACAUUUUAUUUUCAGCCACGCCAAGCAUGAUGGCUCCCCAUGACCCGGUGGACUACCCCAAUAUCAAGGUGGUGGCGACCGCUGGAGAGCCUUGUCCUUUACCGCUAGCGGAGAAAUGGGCCAAGUCGGCGCACUACUACAACAGCUGUGGCCCAACAGAGGCAGGCGUGACCAUCGUCAAUACCGCGCACCUCCAUACCCCGGGCGAGUUCCUUUCGAUCGGAGCGCCCGUUCCAAACACCAACGUCUACGUGCUGGACGAGGACAUGCGUCCGUGCCCGAUCGGGCAGGCAGGCGUUAUGUGGGCGGGCGGCGCGUGCGUCAGCAAAGGAUAUGUGAACCUGCCCGACAAGACCGCGGAGCGCUACAAGCGCGAUCCGUUCGUGAACGACGGAAGCUGCAUGUUUAACACCGGCGAUCUGGGCAGGUGGCGCGAUAACGGCGAGCUCGAGCACUUGGGCCGCGUCGACGACCAGGUGAAGGUGAAGGGCUUCCGCGUCGAACUCGAUGGCGUAUCGGCGGCGAUGCAGACGUGCAAGUCUGUGAAGCACGCGACGGCUUUGCUGGUUGGGAGCGAGCUGUGGGGCUUCGUCACGCCCUGUACAGUCAAGACCGAGGCCGUCUCCGCAGCCGCCUCUAUCAUCCAGCCCUACUACGCUGUGCCGACCAACUAUCUCGCGAUGGACGACUUCCCGUACACGAGCAACGGCAAGAUCGACAAGCGCGCGCUGCGCCAGAUGGCGGUCGACAAGAUCGCCGCGGACAAGGCUGCUAAGGACGCCGCGGAGAAGACUGCGCAGGACGCCACUCUCGCCCCUGCCGUCUCACCCAUCAAGACCGAAUUCUACAGCGACAACGUCUACUCGGGAAAGCUCCUCGCCGACAUCCUCGCGUCGCUCCCGCAGCCCCUCCCGGCGUACCACCAGAACGGGGAACCCGGUGCCCCCGUGCUCGUCUCGCUGGAGAAGCCACAGCGCACCCCGACCUCGUCGUCGUCGUCUUCGAUCGUACCCGCGACGCCUGUCAAGGCCGAUGUCUCAACCUCGACAGAGGAGGGCAAGGAGAGCUACAUCUGGGACGGCUACCUCGACGACGAGCUCCCGGAGAAGACGCACGGGCACUACCUGCGCAACCUGCGCUACCAGGUCUUCUCGCUCUACCGCCGCCUGUUUGGCGUCGUCUUCGUGACCAACAUGGUCAUCUUCAUCGCCACGCUCGUCAAGGGCGCGAACUCUCAGCACCUGGGACUGAUCGUGGUGGCUAACCUCUUUUGCGCCAUCCUCAUGCGGCAAGACUACGUCAUCAACGCGUUCUUCAACACCGCUUGCGCCAUCCCUCAGAGCUGGCCGCUUGCGAUCCGUCGUGUCGCUGGGCGCGUAUACCACAUUGGAGGCUUGCACUCUGGCUGUGCGGUCAGCGGGGUCGUUUGGCUCAUCUACUUCACUGCCAGGGCAACCUGGGAACUUUUGAACAAGCAGCAGAUUUCGGUCGCAACUGUGGCCAUAACUUAUUUCAUCCUUAUGCUCCUUUUCGGCAUCGUGGCUCUGGCCUACCCAAAGCUCCGCUCAACGCACCACGACACCUUUGAGCGCACUCAUCGCUUCCUCGGAUGGUCCGCGACUGCCCUGGUAUGGGCUCAGGUCGUGCUCCUCACCAACGACUACCGCGCGCCUGGAGAGACGCUCGGCCAUGCUCUCGUCAACGCCCCACCCUUUUGGCUCGUCGUGGUCAUGACGGGCUCUAUCACCCUCCCGUGGGUCCGUCUGCGAAAAGUUCCAGUACGCGCGGUCGUGCUUUCCAAGCACGCGGUCCGUCUGUACUUCGACUACGUCACGACGAAGCCUGGACACUUCGUGCGCCUUUCCGAGGCACCGCUGCUCGAGUGGCACGGCUUCGCGUGCAUCAACGAGCCGGGAAAGCCGGGCUACUCGCUCGUCGUCUCGCGCGCGGGCGACUGGACGUCGAAGAUGAUCGAGCAGCCGCCGACGGAGGUCUACGUGCGCGGCGUGCCCUGCUACGGCGUCCUCCGCAUCACCACCCUCUUCCGCCGCGUCGUCUUCGUCGCCACCGGCAGCGGCAUCGGCCCGUGCGCGCCCUGCAUCCUCGCGCAGCGCGUGCCGAUCCGGCUGCUCUGGACGUCGCCGAACGUCCGGCAGACGUUCGGGGACGACUUCGUCGACGCCAUCCUCGAGAAGUCCCCGGGUGCGGUCGUGUACGACACGCGGAAACACGGCAAGCCGGACAUGGUGAAGCUCACGUACCGCCUCGUGAAGGAGUUCGACGCCGAGGCGGUGUGCGUGAUCUCGAACCAAAAGCUCACCCGAAAGGUCGUCUACGGCAUGACCAGCCGCGGCAUCCCCGCGUUCGGCGCCAUCUGGGACUCGUAA